CAAGAACUUAACCUUAAUUACCUUCUUUUGUUUAUUUACAUUUCUAAAGGUAAACAUGGAUCCAAAAUCAACGCAAUCAAAAGUUUCGUUUUACAAUGAAAUUUCUUUAAUGAUGUUUGGUUUUGGCGACAGUCACAAACCAAAUCCUGAAACAGUCCGACUGGUUGAAAGUAUUACUAUUAAACAAUUAAAAUUAAUUGUCCAAGAAGCUCUAAAAUAUGUGCAAAAAAAUGUAUUGGAGGGUGAAGAACUAUUAUUUCUGAUGAGACACAACAAACACAAAAUGAGAAGGUUUGUCCAGUACCUUCAUAACAAGGAAACAAAAAAUAUGUUAAGCCAAUUACAAUCCAACAUAACUGAUGUGGAUGGAGAUAAACCCAAAUGCAAGUUGUUAAAAUUUAUAGAAAUGAUUGAUGAAACUGGCGAAUUUACAGAUCUGAAUGAAGUAGAUGAAAUCAAAUUUCAAAGACAAUUAAGAGCUGAUAGAAUAUCACAAGCAUUAGAUGAACAAAAAUACCUUGAAUUCUGUAAAGCAAGAAGUGUGUCGUUUAGUAGUAAAAGCACUGUUAGAAACAUGGAAAAAUUACGGUUAUGGAUAGAUCCUAACAAUGAAGUAGUUUUUAAGCCAGAAGCACUAGACGUUCUAUCAUACUAUGCUUACCAGACUGUUGCAGAAAUUACGGACUAUGCUAUUCUAGUUAGAAUGGAUGGAAAGUUCAGUAUGGAUCCCAUGCAACAUUUAACUGGAUCCUAUUAUAAUGCAACAAUGUUUAAUGGAGAUUUUAGAUUCAUUAAUUCAACUGGAAGUAAUCCAGAUUAUAGCAGAGUCUACAGUGGACAGCCCCCAAUAAGUGUCAACGAAAUAAAAGAAGUUAUGAGAAGAGUUUAUAUGCCACAAGCUGGAAAACUUAAUUUUGGUGGGAAAGUUCCUGAAACGCAUUUUCUUUUUGCCCUUUAAUUUGUUUUAAUAUUAUGAUCAAGCAAA